GUGGAAGACCUGAGCUGCAGCUGAGGAGGAAGAGGAGGAAGAGGAGGAGAAGAUGAUUCAUUCAAAUGACUCCUUCCACUCUCUCUUCUGCUGCUGCUGUGAAGUUCAGACCAGGGAGAUCAGCACCCGCAUGGAGCUGGAGGGAAGCCCCUCCCUGUGUUUCCAGAGCAGACGAUUCCCAGGACGCGCCUGUCGGGUCGACAGGUCGAGGAAGAAGCUUCCUCUUCCUCCGCCCGACCACGAGGAAGGUGAAGGCGAGGCGCCGCUGAUGGUCGUCGCCAUGUACGACUUCAAGGCCAAGGAGGACACGGACCUCACACUCAAACAGGGAGACGAGUACCUCAUCCUUCACAAACAGGACCAGCUGUGGUGGCGAGCGCAGGACAAACACGGGAAUAAAGGUUUCAUCCCCAGUAACUAUGUGACAGAGAAAAACCAAAUCGAGGCAAAUACGUGGUACUGCAAGAACAUCACCAGGACAGAAGCGGAGCAGCUGCUGAGACAAGAGGACAAAGAGGGGGGGUUUGUCGUGCGGGAGUCGAGUCAGAAAGGCGUCUACAUCGUCUCCGUGUACACAAAAACAUUAAGUGCUGGAGGAGAUAUCAGACAUUACCAGAUCAAAAUCAGCGACAUGGCUCAGUUCUUCUUGGCUGAGAAACACACGUUCAGCUCCAUCCCUGACGUCAUUCACUACCAUGAACACAACGCAGCAGGUCUGGUGACGAGGUUGCGUUAUGCUGUGGGGCCGAUGGGAUGUUGUGUACCUGCCACAUCAGGAUUCAGCUCAGAGAAGUGGGAGAUCGACCCCGGGGAGCUGACCUUCAUGAAGGAGCUGGGCAGCGGGCAGUUCGGGCUGGUGCGGCUGGGCAAGUGGAGGGCGCAGCACAAGGUGGCCAUCAAGGCCAUCAGAGCGGGCGCCAUGCUGGAGGAGGACUUCAUCGAGGAGGCCAAGGUCAUGAUGAGACUUUGCCACCUGAAGCUGGUGCAGCUGUACGGAGUUUGCCUGCAGCAGCGCCCCCUGCUGAUCGUAGCCGAGUUCAUGGAGAACGGCUGCCUGCUGAACUUCCUGCGGCAGAGGGGCGGGGCCCUGAAGGAGGCGUGGCUGCUGUCCAUGUGCCAGGAUGUGUGUGAGGGGAUGGAAUACCUGGAGGCGCAGAGCUUCAUCCACAGAGACCUGGCGGCGAGGAACUGUCUGGUCAACGAGCACAACGUGGUGAAGGUCAGCGACUUCGGAAUGACCAGGUACGUUCUGGACAACCAGUACACCAGCUCCAGUGGCUCCAAGUUCCCAGUGAAGUGGUCUCCUCCUGAGGUUCUGCACUACAACAAGUACAGCAGCAAGUCGGACGUCUGGUCCUUCGGUGUGUUGAUGUGGGAGAUCUACUCCGGGGGCUGCACGCCGUUCGAGAACCGCUCCAACUCGGAGGUGGUCAGUGACAUCACCAGAGGGAUCCGUCUGUACCGCCCCCACCGCGCCCUGCAGCCGCUGUACGCCAUCAUGUACCGCUGCUGGCACGAGAAGCCUGUGGGUCGGCCGACCUUCUCUGAGCUGCUGCAGGAAAUAAGAAACAUGGCAGAAAAUCCAGAUUAA